AACACAGACACAACAACGAUGAUCACUUUGCUGCUCCUUGGGAUGGUGGCUCGCUGCUUUGCUCUGCCUCUGCCGGCUACAGACACAGAUAACAGGCUAUUAGCAGAGAAAUACCUUCGGCGGUACUAUGGUCUUCCGACUGGUCUCCUUGGAAGCCGGAAGUCCUCUGAUGCAAUGCAGACCAAGAUUAAGGAGAUGCAGAGUUUCUUCAAACUAAAGGUGACAGGGAAGCUGGAUGACAACACUUUGGAGCUGAUGGAGAUGGCCAGAUGUGGUGUGCCAGACAUUGGGGAAUACAACCACUUCCCUAGAGACAUCAAGUGGCAAAAUAACAAUGUCACCUUCAGGAUAGUGAAUUACACACCAGACUUGAAGAAGAGUGAUGUUGACAGAGCCAUCCGCAAUGCGCUGAAUGUGUGGUCUGAUGUCACACCUUUGACCUUCAAGAAACUGCACGCAGGCAUUGCUGACAUUAUGAUAGGAUUUGGAACAAAAGAGCAUGGAGAUUUCAACCCUUUUGAUGGGCCUGAUGGACUCCUGGCUCAUGCCUAUCCACCUGGCAAUGGCAUCGGAGGGGAUACACACUUUGAUGAGGAUGAACACUGGUCCAAAGAUUCAACUGCAUACAACUUGUUUCUAGUAGCGACCCAUGAGUUUGGCCACGCCCUUGGUUUGUCCCAUUCCUCAGACCCAGGUGCUCUGAUGUACCCAAUCUACAAUUAUGCAAGAGGCUACCCACUGGCUGAAGAUGACAUUGAAGGCAUUCAGUCGCUGUACGGCCCGAACCCAAACCCCAGGAAAGUGAAGCCAAAGCCCGAUGCCCCGAACAAAUGUGACCCCAUGUUGAGUUUUGAUGCCGUCACAGAGCUCAGAGGAGAAACCAUCAUCUUCAAGGACAGGUUCUACUGGCGUCUCCAUCCCCAGAUGCCCGAGCCUGAACAGACACUGAUCAAAUCCACAUGGCCCACAAUCCCCAAUAAGGUGGAUGCAGCGUACGAGAACCCAGAGAAAGAUGUUGUCAUCAUAUUUAGUGGGAUCCGGAUGUGGGCUCUGAAUGGAUACAACCUUGUGGAGGGCUACCCAAAGUACAUACACAAACUCGGCCUUCCCAAGACUGUGAGGGAAAUCGAUGCUGCCGUGUACAUCAGAGACACGGGGAAAACACUACUCUUUGUCGAGGAGGAGUAUUGGAGCUAUGAUGAGAACACCGGCACCAUGGACAGUGGCUACCCAAGAUCCAUUGAAGAUGAUUUCCCUGGUAUGGAUGACGAGGUGGACGCAGCCGCUUAUCACUACGGAUAUCUGUAUUUCUUCCAUGAACAUGUGCAAUAUGAGUACAGCUACAGCUCCAGGAAGGUCAUGCGCAUCCUGAGAACAAACUCCAUUCUCAACUGCUGAUUACGUGAUGACGGGGAAAGUGCUCUUGUGUUCAAGUUCAAGUUUAUGAUUUGCAAAUGCAUUUGGCUGGAAGCAAAGUACACAACACAGUAUUUCAUUCUUCACAGUGAAUAAAACAUACAGACACUUAAAAAAAUCGGGAGGAUGGAAGACGCCAUAGAUUGAGUUGCCAGGGAAACAGGGACAUGCUGGGCAGAGUCUAUCUUUUGCAGUUAAGCAGGUUUAUGGUAAAGGAUAAAUGAUCAUUUUAUUUGUAUUUGUGCUGGACACCUAUAUGUCGUAAUUUGUCAGACACAGAAUGCUGGAAAAUUCCACGCAAAUGUAUGUAAUAGGUUUUUAGCUAUUUAUUUCAGGCCUUUAUAUGCCUAAAAAUGAUGGACAAGGACCUUAACCGGUGCUUGUCACUGGCAGUGAAGUGGUU